AUGGCAAACUGCAAUCGACUACUUUCGACCCACGGGAGUUUGACUCCUACGCAGGGCCAGGCCGAGUCAGGUCUCGACAGGCUGCUCUUACCAACACAAGCUGAUAGCGACAACGAAGACUGGUUGGAGUACUUCGACUUUGAGGGCUUUACAGGUUCUGGUCCCGCCAAAGACGUGGUAUGUGAGGACAAACGCGUCAGCGAUGCUUCGCCCGUCGACGACCCGAGGGUCUGCAAUCUGGAUCUCGAUGUCCCUGCCAGCGUUGAUCCAGACGGUCUCCGAGCUCUCGCGCGGACAUCCUCUCAAGCUGAGGCUCGUCACGAUGAUCAUCAGGUUGCUGUCAUACCGCCUACAAUCAAUCAUGCCCUCAGUAUCUCUACGCGCAUGCCUUGUGUUGACCGAGACGACCCGAUGACUGCAUCAUCCUCUAUCCUACCAAAAGGUGCGACUGCGCCUUUUUGCGGCGUUCAUCACGACACCUACCCCGAAACCACUCCGCCCGCCCCCAACGCCUCGGAAACCCUGCACAUACACCAUGACCAAGGGGGACUCGGCCGCUGUUCCACUUGUCGUACCACACCUGGGGUCACUGGGGGCAUCAGUCUCAAUACCUUCACGGGAAACGCCACAGUCACCGUCGAUUGUCACCCUCCCGAACUAAUCGAUCUUACCUUUUCUGCUUCGGGGUUAGGGGGUGAGGCACUGCAAAGAAAAUCGAAGAGACCGCUCUCAAACGAUGGCAAUAGACAGGCCAAGAUGCCAAGAAAUCGCAGAAACUGCAUGAACCUACGGGCUCAAGGGGUGCGUUGUGUUCGAGGAUGA